UUGUCUAGAGCUCCAGCCUCGCCACCAUGAGAGUCCUGCUGGUGUGCCUGCUCCUUUGUGCCCUGGUCGUGAGCAAUUCCAAAGGAAGCCAUGACUUUCAUCGAGUGUCUGGUGCAAAGAACUGUGGCUGUCUGAAUGGAGGAACAUGUGUGUCCUACAAGUACUUCUCCAACAUUCAGCGAUGCAAUUGCCCAAAGAAAUUCCAAGGGGAGCACUGUGAAAUAGAUACAUCGAAAACCUGCUAUCAGGGGAAUGGUCACUCUUACCGAGGGAAGGCCAACACCGACUUCAUGGGCCGGCCCUGCCUGGCCUGGAACUCUGCCAACGUCCUUCUGAAAACGUACCACGCCCAAAGACCUGAUGCUCUUCAGCUGGGCCUGGGGAAACACAAUUACUGCAGGAACCCAGACAACCAGAGAAGGCCCUGGUGCUACGUGCAGGUUGGCUUUAAACAGCUUGUCCAAGAGUGCAUGGUGAACGACUGCUCUUUUGGAAAAAAACUCUUUCCUCCUCCUGGAAAAGCAGAGUUUCAGUGUGGCCAGAAGGCUCUGAGGCCCCGCUUUAAGAUUAUUGGAGGAGAAUUUACCACCAUUGAGGAACAGCCUUGGUUUGCAGCCAUCUAUAGGAAGCACCGCGGAGGAUCUGUCACCUAUGUGUGCGGUGGCAGCCUCAUCAGUCCUUGCUGGGUGGUCAGUGCCACGCAUUGCUUCAUUAAUUACCAAAAGAAAGAGGACUACAUUGUCUACCUGGGUCGGUCAAGGCUUAACUCCAAUACACCUGGAGAGAUGAAGUUUGAGGUGGAAAAGCUCAUCUUGCAUGAGGACUAUAGCGCUGACACACUUGCUCACCACAAUGAUAUUGCCUUGCUGAAGAUCAGUUCCAACUCAGGCCAGUGUGCACAGCCAUCCCGGUCCAUACAGACGAUCUGCCUCCCCCCAAAGAAUGACAAUGCUCGUCCUGGCGCAAGCUGUGAGAUCACUGGUUUUGGAAAAGAGAAUUCCACUGACUAUCUCUAUCCAGAGCAACUGAAAAUGACUGUCGUGAAGCUGGUUUCUCACCAGGAUUGUCAGCAGCCCCACUACUAUGGCUCUGAAGUCACCACCCAAAUGCUGUGUGCUGCUGACCCACAGUGGAAAACAGAUUCCUGCCAGGGAGACUCGGGGGGACCCCUGGUCUGCUCCAUCCAUGGCCGCCUGACUUUGACUGGGAUUGUGAGCUGGGGCCGUGGAUGUGCCAUGAAGGACAAGCCAGGUGUCUACACGAGGGUCUCACACUUCCUGACCUGGAUCCACACCCACGUUGGGGAAGAGAAUGGCCUAACUCUCUGAGGGUUCCUGGGGGCCAGGGGAGGAGAGGGCACCUCCCACGCUGACCAGUCAUUUUCACAGUAGGGCCAUUAGCACCACCUAUGUAUAUGAAAGAGACUGAGGAAGAUAGGCUCUGCAGAGACGGUUUUGCUUGUGCUGCCCGCCAGGGUGAGCGACAAUAGCUUUACCCUCAGAUACAGGCCUGGGUGCUGGGCGCCCAGAUCCCCUCUGGCCAGGAUGGAGAGAUGGUCCUGACUCAGGAUGGUAUGGACCAAUAGUUUGUCUUAUUCUGGACUAAAGCCUCCUGGAGAUAAAAAUGGCAUCUCCUGUACAUGGGUGGAAGGAGAGCCAGCUCCCCCAACAGUGGGCAUUCAUGAGGCCUAUUGUUGGGAAAUGAUUCAUUUCCCAAUUAGGAAGUGUAACAGAACUGAGGUCUCUUGUGGGAGCUUGGCCAAUGUGGGAACAGUGGUUUGGGGAGUAGGGACACUAAUAACUCGAGGGAAGAGCUCUGACAUUCCAUGAAUGUAUUAAGAGCUAUUAUAUAUACAUGUAUAUGUUUGCACAUUUGUGCACAGGCUGUGAGUAGUCACUGUGAGUAAGUAAGAACUUGUGUUCCUGUGUCUGACUGUAAGUCUAGAUAUUUCCCUAAACUGUAUGAACUGUGGUGCCACAUAGAAUGGUCUGUCAGGAGAGGUCAUAUGUGGGCCUCUUGGGUCUCCCAUGUGAUGAUGCCUGUGAAUGUGUCAUUCCGGGGCAUGGCCCAUGACCAGCAUUAAAAUUUGUUUCACUUUCACUUAGAUGUCCCUUUCUUGGCCAGUUAUCCCUUCUAAUGUUCCAGCCAAGUUCCUCCAAUCCUCACUGAGUGGGGUGAGGACCCCUCCUGUACACUGAAUAUUUAAUAAGUCUGCUAUUUUUAUUUAUAUCUAUUUUUGUAAUUUUGAAUAAAGAUGAUUAAUAAAAUGUGAUUUUUCUGAA